GUUAGAACAAGGCAGUCCCGAAUCAUCCUUGUUCAGGACCCUUUCUUUCUAUGGGUGCUAUAUUUUCGUUAGUUUCUAGUAGGCUACCGUUUAAGCGGCCAAGGGGUGAAGAGGGAAUCACUUCUUCACGUGCUUUGCUCAAGGCCCAUGAGGCGGAAGAAAGGGCUACGGUUUCCAAAAUAGGGCGAUCGUUUUUUUCCACCUGCGAGAACGAGACAGAUCCAUCGCACGCUUUUUUGUUGCGCCUGCGAUGCCGUGGCAGAGUUGAUGCAGGUCGCACAUUAUGCCAUUGUGUUGUAGGUGGUCCCUCAGUUGAGCUCACCUACGGCUGUCAUUUUCACCUGUACGAAACGCCUGAUGCGGGCGAUUCCCACGGAACGGCGCUGUGCUGGUCUCUGAAACGAUCCGUUCUAUCCGCUGCAGCGUUGGUGGUGCUGGGCCGAGUCGCGAACAGUUGCCGAAAGAAAAUGGUUGUCGUCGAUGGGAAGGGAAUGGGUAUUGUUUUGAAGUAUACUACCAUUGUUUGAAGAUAUUAAUAAAGGAAGGCCUUU